AUUGCUCUGACGUGUUGUGUUGCGAUGUGUUGUGAUGCAUUAUGAUGUGACGGGUUGUAAACAGAUUGUUCUGAUGCAUCAUAUUAGGUCUGACCAAUGUCAGACGUUAAUAUUUUAUAUUUAAUUGAUGCAGUGACAGCAUAGCGGUGUGUUGUUUGCGUUUGUUCACCAUGAAUUCAAGCUCAUCAGAUGAAUUUGAUGAAGAAAUUGAAGAAUGUGCUGUUGCUAUUAUUUGUUCUACAAAACCUAAGAAAAAAAAAAUUUGGAUUCACGAAAUAAACGAAAAUAGAGAAUCAUUUGGCGAAUAUCAUACUUUAGUGAAUCUACUUAUUAAAGAUGCAAAUCGCUUCCAUAUGUACUUUAGGAUGUCCAGGGAUCAAUUUGAAAGUUUACAUGGAAAAAUUGAAGAAAGAAUAAAAAAAAUUGAUACCACUUUUCGAAGAGCGAUCUGUACAAGAGAAAGAUUAGCUGUAUUUUUAAGAUUCUUAGCCACUGGCAAUUCAUUUCGAUCUCUUGGCUUCAGUUAUAAAAUGGGAUUUAGCACAGUUCGUGAAAUUAUCAAAGAAGUAGCAAAGGCCAUAAAGGAACUUCUCUGGAAAAUUCUGAUGCUAGAAUUUUUACCAAUACCCACAGAGCAACGAUGGGAAGAAAUAAGUGCAAGAUAUCAGUCUAUGUGGAACUUUCCUAACUGUAUAGGCGCUUUAGACGGAAAGCAUAUAAAUAUUCGCUGUCCUAUUAAUGGCGGAUCAAAUUAUUAUAACUACAAAGGUUGUAACUCAAUUGUUCUGCUGGCGCUGGUGGAUGCUAAUUACCGAUUCAUAGCGAUUGAUGUGGGCUCAUAUGGUCGCAACAGCGAUGGAGGAAUUUUUGCCAAGUCUUCUCUGGGAAUUUCGUUAGCUAAUAAUACACUGAAUCUUCCAGCUGAUAAGCCGCUUACACAAAACGGUGAAGCUUUACCUCUUGUUAUUGUGGGAGACGAAGCUUUCCCACUAAAAUCGUAUUUAUUACGCCCCUAUAGCCGGCGUUAUGUAGCAGGAAAUGAGCCAAAUAAAAUUUUUAACUAUAGGCUUUCGCGGGCUAGGAGAGUAGUGGAAAAUAGUUUUGGAAUUCUUGCAGCACGAUGGCGAAUUUUUCUUAAGCACAUGGAAAUACAACCAGAUUUUGUUGAUGACAUAGUAUAUGCCGCAAUUUGUCUUCAUAAUAUGUUAUGCUGCAAUAAUGAUUUUGAGCCAGAAGAAAUAUAUCGUAACACCCUCGAAUCGUGUUUUACAUUAGUGCCACCCUUGGGUCAAAAUUCUACUCAAGAUGCUUUUCGCGUUCGGGACAAAUUUAGAGAUUAUUUUCUAUCAGAUAUUGGUAGUGUACCAUGGCAAUUAGAAACUGUACGACGUGGACGUAACGUAAUAAUAAAUUUAAAAAAAUACAGUACCUAUGUAACUAUGUAUGUAUAUAAAAAUAAAUAAAAUAAAUUAAAAUAAGCUUA